GCGCGUGUGAGUGUGUGUGUGUUUACACUCUGCUUGUAGUGAACUUAAUGUCAGCCUACUUCCUUCUCUAAGCGGAGCCUCUGGGAGCUUAUAGGCGCAGAGCACACACACUCUCACACACUCACACACACUCCACCUUCCACGGAGCAGCGGGAUGUCGAGGCUCAAGAGACACAGUGUUUACAGCAGCGAUGAAGAAGAUGACGAUGUGGAGAGUUAUGAACAUGACUAUGAUGCCCCUUCGGCCAAGACAGGAAAACGGCACUUAGGCAAAACACGCUGGACACGUGAAGAGGACGAGAAACUGAAGAGACUGGUGGAACAUCAUGGUUCAGAAGACUGGAAAGUCAUUGCCAGCUUCCUGCCGAAUCGCACGGAUGUUCAGUGUCAGCACCGCUGGCAGAAAGUCCUCAACCCUGAACUCAUUAAAGGACCCUGGACCAAAGAGGAGGACCAGAGGGUCAUCGAGCUGGUGCAGAAGUACGGUCCCAAACGAUGGUCAGUGAUCGCAAAGCACUUAAAGGGCCGUAUUGGGAAGCAGUGUCGCGAGCGCUGGCACAACCACCUGAACCCUGAGGUGAAAAAGACGUCCUGGACGGAGGAAGAGGACCGCAUCAUCUACCAGGCACACGAGAAACUCGGGAACCGCUGGGCUGAAAUCGCCAAACUGCUGCCGGGCAGAACUGAUAAUGCCAUAAAGAACCACUGGAACUCUACAAUGCGUCGUAAAGUGGAGCAGGAGGGCUACCUGCAGCUCAGCGCUAAAGUCAGCCCCACCCCCAUAAGCAGCAGCUACACCAAACCCACCCACCUGCUCAGCUACAGCCACACUCCAACCAGCAGCUCCAUGUCCACCAGCCCCAUCACUAACCAGUACCCCUUCUACAUUUCUGACCCACAGAGGGUUCCGUUUCCGUUGGGUCUACAGCUGAAUAUAUUUAACAUCCCUCAGCAUGGCACUGCAGCUAUACAGAAACACUAUAAUGAAGAGGACCCAGAGAAAGAGAAGAGAGUGAAGGAGAUUGAGAUGAUUCUGAUGUCGACAGAGAAUGAACUGAAGGGAAAACAAGCACUACCCAUCUCCAUGGUCACCAGUUACGGGUGGGGUCGGGGCUCUUUGACUGACUCCUCGAUGGGCGUGGCCGUGUCAGUUCCAGCCCCGCCCAUGGAGCAGGGCUGCCUACCUGAGGAGAGCGCUCAUGGCAACACCAGCAGCCCCAACAGCAGUAGCAGCAGCAGCAGCACGAGCAGCAGCAGCGCAGGGAGCAGCGGAGUCCUGGCGGUCCUGCCCGAGUUCAUGGAGGCCAUCGACUCGUUCCUGAAUGCAUCAAGUCCAGAUUCAGACAGCCAGAGUCUCCGUGUCUCGCCCUCCUCAGUGUGUCCCCAGAAGCCCCUGCAGCUGGACCUCGCUCUGCACUCUCAGAAAGAGAAUGACAUGUUCAGGACACCAACACUGAGGCGUUCCAUAAUGGAGUGUUCCCCUCGCACUCCGACUCCAUUCAAAACAGGGCUGACCAUGCAGGACACCAAAUAUGGACCACUAAAGAGGGCCCACAGCCCUCCUGUGGAGGCAGCAGUUGGCAUUAAGCAGGAGCCGCAGGAGUGUGAGGUCAGCGUUGGGGGGGCACAUCUCGACGAGCCCCCCAUCAAGAACAUCAAACAGGAGGCGGAGCCAACAUGCUUGCAAUGGGAGGGGCAAAGUCUCCACACUCAGCUGUUCGCUUCAAGUGGCCCCGCCCACAAUAUGCCUGACCUGUUGACAAGCUCUGUGCUGAUGCUGCCUGGAGCGGAGAAGACUGAGGAUGGUCAUAAAGUCCCACAGAUGCCCCGCAGGACCUUGGGCAGCCCACUACAGCAGCACCUGAGCACAUGGGAGCAGGUGCUAUGUGGGAAAUCUGAGGACCAGCUCCUGCCGUCUGAGCCGACACACAAAUACCUCAACAGCUUUUCCUCCCGCACUCUCGUCAUGUAGAAGAGAGGAGGAGAGAGAGAGAGAAAGAAAGAGGGAAAGAAGAAGACAAUCAUUCAGAAAAGAGAGGAAAGAGAAAACACUCCAUGGCCGCUCCUCAGGUGGGGUUGAGUCAUUGUGGUACAUGAUUUGGGAGAGGCACAAAGCCAUUCAUUAGACUGCACGGCCCUCAGUUCGGCCGUACUUUUUACCUGUUGGAUUUCAGCCAACCAAAGAAUUAUUAUAAUAUUGUUUUUCUACCUUUUUUUUUUUACCUGUUUUUCUGGUUUUAAUAUUGUAUUAUAUAUUUUGUAUUAUAAAUGGGGAAAUGAACUGUCUAUGAGGGCUCUAAUUGUAUGGAUUUUAAUAUAAAGAACAAUUUGUAAUAAUUUAUUAUUUUGUAUUAAGAAUAAUUAACUAUGCCAGGCGCAUUUGCAAGUGUUGGACCCCAGUAUUUUCGUGCCCCCCUGCUCACGUCUAGACUACUGAGUGUGUGUUAACAGUUUAAGGAGGGUUUAUCCUCCCAGCAUUACCGUGAUUUGAUUCCCUGUAGCCCAACCGUGCUGCCUCACCACUGAGAUCACAUGUUUAGAGCCAUGUUUAGUGUUCGUUUGUAGACUAAACAAGGCUUUUAAAAGGCCUGAUGUUUUACGUACGUAUUCCUGACCAAGCCUUAAGCACUUGCGUAGUGAACAGAACUGUGUAGAAGUGCCACACGGUUCAAUAUUGCCAAGUUUAGAACUAAAGGCCUGUUCACACUGAGUCUGAGUUUUAUAGAUGAAAAAAGUGAGUCACGUUUUUAAAAUGACGACACAUAUAUUAAUGGUAUCUGACGGAUUGUGCACAGAUAUGAUAAAUCAGGCUACUCUCGCAGAACAAACUAAUCAAACAAGCAUUUAGCAUGAAUUAAUUGAUCUAAAGACAUUAAGACCCUAAUACUGUAUGUCUUAAAAUGUCUUAAAUCCAUUUUUAAGGAGUUUUUCAUUUUUCUGUGAAUUAUAAUAUUACAGAAUUUUUAUUUAUGCACAUUGCAUUUCACAGUUUCCAAAUUUACUACACAAGUUAGUUUACUGAUUUAACAUCAGACUGAACAAAGUGGAAACAACAGCAUUUUUAAUAUCGCCAAAAGGCUUUUUUUUUUCAGUUACAUUUAUUAUUUUAUUACAGUGAGUCAUAUUAAAAAAAGUCUUAGGCCUAGUCAUAGACUGUAUUUUCCUUUCAAUAGGAAAUCGUCAUUAAACAUGCUUUGUAGUACAAACUAGACUUAAUUCUUGUCUGGGGGGGAAACUGCUCCACAAGUCUUAGUUUAGCUUCCCUACACCUGCUGAUACCCUGUGGGAGCAAAACCAGACAGGGAGCAGAGAAAAGGAAAGAGUGGAGAUGUAUAACAGUUAUAAAGAGAUUCUUACCUAGUUUACAGCGAGAGCACUUGGUGUUAAAGAUCAGCUACAUUAAUUCUUCUGAAAAAUCAUACUUGGUGUGAACAGGCCUUAAAUCUGAAGAACUGUCACAUGGCGAUCAAACUAUCAACUCUCAGACACCCAGCAUUUCAUUAUCAUUAUUAUUAGUGUUACCAUUUCAACAGAGUCGAGUGGUCAAAGCCCAGGACCGAGCCUUACAGCAUCCUGUUAGCACUAUAUGUCAAACCUGACAUCAACAAAGCGAGGAGAUUUCAGCUGAACAAAAAGUGUUGAUUUUAUGAUUUCAUGAUUUUAUGAUUUGUGUCCAAGCUACAAAACAAAAAAGAAGCAAAAGAUGUUUACCGAGCAUGUUUUCAAAUCGAAGGCCUCAGUGACAAAAAAGAGCCUUUGAUCUGAUGAGACAUUUCUUUACGCCUAAUUUCAUAACACUGCUUUGUUUUUGUUUGUUUGUUUGUUUUUAUAAUUAUGAGUGUUGAUGGUAUUACUAGUUAAAAAAAACACUGAAAUUACUGAUUUUUUUUUUUAACUAGUCGGCUUGUUUUUGAUAUUGUUAUGUAAUUUUGAUACCAAGACUGUUGUGGCCAAUCGAAAUCAUUUAGCAGUAACGUUUUGGUUAUUUGCUGCCUUUUUAUAUUAGUUUAAAGUAAGAACACUUUUUAUACACGUCAACCUUUUUCUACACGUUUUUUGAUACGAUUUUUUUAUUGUUAAACUGCCAUGUGAAUAAAGUGUGUUUUUUGAAACUUG